CCUCUCUCAAUCUCUGAUGAUCCCUCACCCUCUCUCUGUUUCCCAACCUCUCUCUCUCUCUCUCUUUCUAGGGUUUUCAAAACCCCAUUUCGCCGCAAACCCACCAUUGAUCUGUGAGCACACCCUGUGCUAGGGUUUUCAAAACCCCUUUCAUCCAAUCCUCAUAACCAUCUCGGCUCAUCCACCAGCUGUAGCCUUUGUCUAAUUGCAAUUUCUUCUCUGUUCAUGUGCGUCAUGAUCGCUGACAAGGUUGCUGUAGUUUGUGGGUACGGAGAUGUUGGCAAGGGCUAUGCUGCUACCCUCAAGCAGGCUGGUGCCUAUGUGAUUGUGAUUGAGAUCGACCCCAUCUGUGCUAUCCAGGCCCUGAUGGAAGGCAUCCCUGUUAUGACUCUUAAGGACGUGGUCUCGGAGGCAGACAUCUUUGUGACAACGACGGGUAACAAGGACAUCAUCAUGGUGGACCAUAUGAAGAAGAUGAAGAACAAUGCCAUCGUGUGAAACAUUGGGCACUUUGACAAUGAGAUCGACAUGCUAGGGCUGGAGAUGUACCCAGGUGUCAAGCACAUCACCAUCAAGCCAUAGAAGGACUGGUGGGUCUUUCCUGAAACCAACGUCAGCAUCAUCGUCCUUGCUGAAGGCCGCCUCAUAAACCUUGGGUGUGCCACUGGCCACCCUAGCUCUGUCAUGUUGUGCUCCUUCACCAACCAGGUGAAA